AGGAGAGUGGAAGAGAAGCAGGAGGAGGGGGUGUAGGGAGCUGGGAAAACAGGCGAACCGAGCUGUAGUGUUUACUGCGCGCAGGUGGAGCAAACGCACAUCUUCAGGGCGGAGGAAGCGCACUGGGUGCGGAGAGAAGGAAGAGGAGGAGGGCGAGGAAGGAGCGUGGAUGCUCGUUUUACGUGAAAGGAUCAUCUGUAGGUUAGCAUAAAUCGCAAUAUAACGUGGAAUAAGCUUUAGCAAUCAAGGACGAUGGACGUCAGCUGUCGGCACUGAGGCCUCCAGUUCUCCUGUUCUUCUGAUGACCAAAAGCUCCCAUGGCACUCAUUCACGAACCUCGUGCCCCCUCUCCAUCCUUAUCCGGCUUCAACACACCCCUCUCCGACCCCCCAUCCUUCCGCGCCCUCGAUGCCGUUACACCCUGCACCCCUGAAAUGGACCUGACACCGACUCAGUGCGUUCUUCGUAACGUCCUGUCCAUAGACACCGGAGGGGCUGUGGAGCCUGGUGGCGGCGGUGGUGGUGGUGGUGGUGGAGGAGAGGGGCAGACUCCCGGACACAACCAGACGCCUGGCGAGGAACCACAGGAGCACUUUGCCAACAGUGUACUAAAGCUCCAUGAGCACGAUGGGAGUCCUGGACGGACGGAGGGAGAGGGGCAGGAGCUGGACAGCAGCGCAGUCAGAAGCCAGGCGGACGACGCCAGGCUACAGUGCCAGUCUACGGGAGGGGGAGGAGGGUUUCUGGAGGGGCUGUUUGGUUGUCUGCGGCCAGUCUGGACUAUGAUCGGGAAAGCUUACUCAACAGAGCACAAGCAGGACCUUGAUGAAGCGUGGGAGGUCCCCUUCGAGGAGAUAUCUGACCUGCAGUGGGUGGGCAGUGGAGCUCAGGGCGCCGUCUUCCUGGGCAAACUGCACGGACAAGAAGUGGCGGUGAAGAAAGUACGAAACAUCAAAGAGACGGACAUCAAACACCUGCGCAAGCUAAAACACCCCAACAUCAUCACCUUCAAGGGUAUUUGCACCCAGGCUCCGUGUUACUGCAUCAUCAUGGAGUACUGUGCUCAGGGACAGCUUUAUGAGGUGCUGAGAGCGGGCAGGAAGAUCCACCCGUCCCUGCUUAUGGACUGGGCUAUGGGCAUCGCUGGGGGCAUGAACUACCUUCAUCUUCACAAGAUCAUCCACAGAGACCUCAAGUCACCCAACAUGCUGAUCACGUAUGACGACUCAGUGAAGAUUUCUGAUUUCGGCACGUCCAAAGAGCUUAGUGACAAGAGCACAAAGAUGUCCUUUGCUGGUACGGUGGCCUGGAUGGCUCCUGAAGUCAUACGCAAUGAGCCCGUCUCAGAGAAGGUGGAUAUAUGGUCGUUUGGAGUUGUGCUGUGGGAGAUGCUGACAGGAGAGGUGCCCUACAAGGAUGUAGACUCCUCUGCCAUCAUCUGGGGAGUGGGCAACAACAGUCUGCAGCUGCCUGUUCCUGAUAGUUGUCCAGACAGCUUUAAACUGCUCCUUAGGCAAUGCUGGAACUGUAAGCCAAGAAACCGGCCUUCCUUCAGACAGAUUCUCCUGCACCUGGACAUUGCCUCAGCAGAUAUACUGUCAACACCUCAAGAAACUUACUUCCAAUCUCAGGUGGAGUGGAGGGAUGAGGUGAGGCAUCACUUUGAGAAGAUCAAGUCAGAGGGGACUUGUCUUCACAGGCUGGACGAAGAGCUGAUCAAACGGCGCAGAGAGGAACUCAGACACGCUCUGGAUAUCCGGGAGCACUACGAGAGGAAGCUUGAGAGAGCCAACAAUCUCUACAUGGAGCUUAACGCCAUCAUGCUGCAGCUGGAGAUUAAAGAAAAAGAACUACUUAAGAGGGAGCAGUCACUGGACAAGAAGUACCCAGGCUGCUUCAAGCACCACAGCUCCAGACAAUCAGCCUCCUCCAACUCCAUGGAGAAACUCAUGAAGAAACGCAACGUACCUCAGAAACUACCAUCACACAGUAAGAGGCCAGACCUCCUAAAGUCAGAGGUCAUCCUCCCCAAACUGGACUCUUCCAUGACCCAGGUCACAAUCCCCAACAAGGGCUCUACCUCCCCUGGUCGCUCACGCAGAGGAAAACCCCGCUACAGGAAGGCUGGUAAAGGCAGCAGCGGGGACUUGGCUCAGCUGAAGGCCACUCUCUCCUCUUCAUUGGCAAUGGUUAACUCCACCACCUCUGUUCCCAGCAGCAAGCAGCACCUUGAUCCAAGUGCAGCCCUCAGGGGUCUACAGCACGAUCUACUGCUCAAAAAGAUGUACUCCUCAAGUCCAGAUCUCAUUUCAACCACUUUAGAGGCUGAGGGUCGGAGGAAGGGGCAGCUCAGGCCAGGGCUGGACAGAGCAGGGAGUCAGAGCGCCUCAGCCGGUCUGGGGGAGAGUAGGACUGAAGGGGCUCAGGAAGGGCCAGAUGUGGGUGCGGGGACUGAUGACUUGGCAGAUACACCUCCACGCAGUGACACGCCCAGUGAAGAUGCAGCUUCUAUCCCGUUCUCCAGCAGCCCGGACUCUCCGUGUGGGAGAGGGGCAGCCGCAGGGAGGACGUCUGUGCUUGGGAACCCCCGUGUGUCCCACGAUGGAGAGGAGAAGGAGGAGGGGGCAGUGAUCACACGCUCACCCAGAAGUCAACGUCUCACUCCUGCUGCACUGCUCUACAGGGCAGCAGUCACACGCAGCCAGAGACGUGGACUGUCAUCAGAGGAAGAAGAAGGAGAGGUGGACAGUGAAGUAGAGAUGCCAAGGAGACGGCGGACUGUGAGCAUGACAAAGUGCCAGUCCCUCUCCACCUUCAGCUCAGAGAACCUGUCGGUCUCAGAUGGCGAGGAGGGGAACACCACAGACCACUCCCACAGCGGCACUCCGGAUGUUGUAAGCACCAACACCGACGAGCGACUGGACGACAAGAGUGACGACCUGCUUUCUCAGGGCUCCGAGAUUCCAGCUGACCCGUCCGACCCAACCCAGCUCGGCUCCGACGGGCUGUCAGAGAAGGAAGCUAUUCUCCGACAAGUGAAGACCCAGCUAGCCAGUAAUGACAACAAUUAUGAGGGCCUGUAUGACGACUCAGACUGUGACAGUGCAGAGCUGGACCAUUCAGGCAGCGCAGAACCGAGCCAACCUCCAUCCAACUGGUGAAAAUGCAACACCUCAUCCUCCUCAAACCACUACAGAUCCAGCCUGUGAAUGCCCCUUUUGCUCUGAAAGAUCUAAUAAUCCACAGUCACGAUCAGGGACGUUACACAGAGGCAGGAAAUGAAGGCCUGCUUCUUUUACCACAAGCAAGAACUAAAAGCAAAUUCUUCACCCUGGAAAUUUACAACAGAAUAUCUUGUUCCUUUUGGGAUAAAUGCAUCACAGUGACGUGAAGCUGAAACAGAACAAGCAGAGUGGAUGGAUCCUGAUUGAAACUGGCUUGAGAUCAAUUAAGCAAAAACACUUAAAAUGACUCCUCAGUGACAGGCCAUCUGCCUGACCGUCAUCUUUUGUGUCAGUUUGUGUUUUUAAUCCCGUUAUCAAAAUGUGUCAUGUUAUUUCUCAGCAUUUCAUAUGAAGGACAUUAUUGUAAACUCCUAUCAGGGCAUUUUUAAUUUAAAAAUAUAGAUUGUUGAUGUUGCUUGCACUUCAUUUAUGGAUUUUCCUCCUGACCACGUGUCAUACUUUAGUUUACUUUAAAAAAGUUAUGCACUGAAUAUUACUUUUUUUUACAGCAAGUAUUCUUCAAAGACAAUAUUGUUUACAUUCUUGUGUUGUUUACAUCUUAAUUUAUAUUUGUAACAUGGAUUUUUUCAUUUUUUACUCCUGUGUUCAAAGAUCAAUGUAAAUAUGUGAUAUUGUAAAAUGAACAAAUUUUUAAAACAUGAGAUUGUAUAAUUUAAAGGUGCUGACGUUCCUAAUAAGGUGGCGCUAAUCUAUUUGAACCUCAAAAAGCUUAUUGAUGGUAGAAUGUACUGUAGCUGAUCAUGUACAAGCAUUGAAACACAGAUAACAAAAGAAUAACACAAGUACAAAGAAAAGGCAAUCUGUCUGCUCUGGUACAGGAUGUGCGGUUGUGUAAUGAGGCCAGAGGACAACAGCCCAGUUCUUUGAGGCUUUUUUUAAAAGUGUUGCAGUGUUAAAUUAAAUGCAAUACCAGCUUGAAAGCCUCUUUCUGAACAUGCUUGUUGAAAAGUGCGAUCAGAAUGACGCAUUCCUUCAUCCAAACUUAUCUUAAAUUUGCUGCCAGACAUUUAAAUUUUAUGAAAUAAAAGCUAAAGGCAUGUGAAUGAAGGGGACACACAGCAAAGUAGAUAUCACAGUAACAGAUUAUAAAACAUCAGUAGUUUUCUGCUCUUAGUCUUAUGAACCACACUCUGGCCAUGCAAUUUCUCAGAAAUAAGAUAAAGGCGAUCUAGGAAACUUGGAAAUAUACAACAUACACUCCAAAGUAUUGCUAGAUAAGAAAAUCACAAAGCUGCGAAAAAGGUUGUUCAGAAGAAGACAAGAAUAACAUCUUAUCUUGGCUAAAUGUACAAACAGCAACCAAUUUUUGAAUUCAGAAUGAGAAAUGCAAAAUCAAGAAACAAGCUGUUUUCCUAUUACUGUUUAAAAAUGGGGGAAAUAAUAGAAAAAAGAGCUCUCAGCCUUCAGACAGUUCAAAUUAAAUCAGGAAAAGAAAAAAAAACUGUUGUUUUCCCAAAAGAAUUGAAAGAAUUAGAAACUCACAAGUUUUUCAUCUUGUUCUUGAGCUUCUGAUCAAAAACCGAAGACCAAAGAACAUAACACUAGUGAUUAGUGCUGUCAGUCAAUAAAAAUAUUAAUACAAUUAAUUAUAUACUUUGUAAUUAAUCACACGUGAUUAGUUUGAGAAAGAUUACUGGUAGAUGUAAAGAUAAAAGUUACAAGACAAUCAGAAAGCACAUGCUUCUGAUGAUAUCAGCCCUCAUGAGCUUUUGAAACAGAAGAAGUGGAGGCCACGGCAGAUAGUCUACUUACUAUUCAAUCUAGGAUGUGUUAAUCUGUAGGACAGCGUUUCCCUACCAUUUUUCCUUGGAGCCCCCCCAGGACCCAAGAAAGAAGAAAAAGUGGCACACUGCCAUCAAAUAUCAACACAGAAUUUGAUAGUUUCACUGAUUAAACCCAAAAAAGGCCUAUGCAUGCUUCACCUAUCAAAAAAACCUUUGUACAAACUUCUUAAUAACUGCUUUACCAUGGUUUAAGACAAUAUUUGCAUAUCUCAUUUUGGCAGCCUCAGAACAGACAAGCCCUUUUUGAUCCAAGGGUACAAACAAUAAGAUGUAAAACAAGCUGUUUUACAAAGGAAAACAGUUCCAUUGUUCUGUUCUUUCAACGUACUUUUUCAAUCAAAAUGUAAAAACAAUAGGAUGUAAAAUGAACUGGUUUCUUUUUCCCCAAUUCUUUUUUGAAAAACAGAAAAUGGGAAACUGAAAAUGCACAACAGUUCAUUUUUUUUAACCUUUUUAUUCCUAAUUUUAUGUGAACUGUCUGGGUCAAGGGAACAUUUUUCCCCAUGUUUUGGUUUCCAUUUUUUUAAACUGUAAUCGGGGAAUCAGCUUGUCUCUUGAUUUUGGAUUACAUGUUUCAAAUCAAAAAUCAACUGGCCAUAUAUACACAGAUCCAAAACAACAACAUACAACACCCCAAAAUUGGCAGCUUUUUUCUCUCAACUCUAUAUACAUCACUGAACACCUAACUAACAGGGCCUGAUAUCAUUUUUCCUACACAGUAAAGUCAGUCUGGUUUGUCCUCAUCAGCUGAAACUCUGGCCAAACAGAUGGGCAUUUUCACUGCUGUGAAAGGGCUUCUUACAUUAACAAGUCUGGUUUUUGUAUUCUUGUUUGCCUUGACAGGCCUUCUAAUAUGCACGUGGUUCAACCUGACCUUAAGACAGCAUGUUACUAACCGUUCCUCUCAUCGAUGACCAACACAAUAAGCUAAAAACGGCAGCUUCUAUGUUUGUGUUAACUGGUGUUUAAAUGUCCAUUUGUAAAGAAUUUUAAACUGAUUGUGGCCCCAAGAUGUAAAGCUAGAAAUCCUUCUGCAGGAUCAGAUGUUGCCAAAA